GCCAUACACGAUCCGGUUCGCCGGAGAGGUCGGACUGCGCAGGCGGACUGCACAGUUUUUCCGGAACGUGUAUGUUACAAGUUUGCGCAGUUUUCGAAGACUGUGCAGGCGGCCGGAAAAAAAUCGAAAAACGAUUCUUUUGGCCUGCACAGUCAUGACUGUACAGGCAUACCGGAUCGUGUAUGGCCGUAUGUUGGUUUACCGUCAUUCGACCGGCUGGUUCACUUUUGCAGCAUAGUGCUUUUUAUGUUUAUUGAAGUUUUAUAUUAUACAUGUUUUAUUAAAUUAUAUUAUAUAAUAUAAUAAUGAGCCGUAAGAAUUUGGAAGAAUUUAUAGAUUUAUAUAAAUCAUAUCCAUGUCUGUGGCAAACAAAAUCUAAGCUUUACCAUGACCGCCCACUAAGAGAAGCGGCUUACAAAGUAUUAGUAGAAAAAUUAAAAGAAUUUGAACCAGAUGCGAACAAGGAUUUAGUGGUAAAAAAAAUCAACAAUUUAAGAAGCAGCGUCCGAAAAGAAAAAAAAAAAUAUGAAGCUUCUGUCAAGUCAGGAGCUUCUUCUGACGAUGUUUAUCGGCCAAAAUUGUGGUAUUAUGAUAUGAUGAACUUUCUAAAUGACCAAGAUACGCCUCGAGAAUCAACAUCAAAUUUGGACACACAAGAUGAAAGCAUAUCUGAGGUUGGUAAAAUAAUUGAGAUAGUUUUAAGAUCUUAUAUUUAG